AUGAAUAUACCAACAGAUUCUGGUGAAAGGAGUACAACUCUAAGCCCAUUAGAAAAGCCUAACAUAACAGGAAUUCAAACUGAAGAAAACUCAAAUAUCGGAAGUGAUAAUGACAUUAUCACCGAAGGAUUUCAAUAUAAGAGCGAGAAAACAACUAAAAGCAGUUCGAUAUUUGAGACGACAGAAGAAACUUUCGUAACGUUUUCUUCUACGAACACUACAACCGAAGGAAAUGUUGGUGAAAUUGAGAAUGAAGAGAGCACUACCGAGAGCAGUGCACUUGAAGGACCUUUCACUUCAAGAACACCUGGCGACAAUAACACAACACGUGUAACUACCGAAGCAACUUUCACAACAACACAUCCUUCCACCAUCAACACACCCGAAGAAAGUGUUGGUGAAGGUGAAAAUGAAGAAACCACAACUGAAAGCAGUGCACUUGAAGAACCUUUUACGUCCACAACACCUAGUGACAAUAACACAACACGUGUAACUAACGAAGGUGAAAAUGAAGAGACCACAACUGAAAGCAGUGCACUUGAAGAACAUUUUACGUCCACAACACCUGGUCACAAUAACACAACACGUGUGACAACCGAAGCAACUUUCACUACAACACAUUCUUCCACCAUCAACACAACCGAAGAAAGUGUUGGUGAAGGUGAAAAUGAAGAAACCACAACUGAAAGCAGUGCACUUGAAGAACCUUUUACGUCCACAACACCUGGCGACAAUAACACAACACAUGUAACUACAGAAGAAACUUUCACUACAACACAUCCUUCCACCAUCAACACAACCGAAGGAAGUGUUGGUGAUGGAAUAAAAGCAGAGAGCACAACUGAAAGCAGUGCACUUGAAGAACCUUUUACGUCCACAAUCUCAGGUGACAAUAACACAACACGUGUAACUACCGAAGCAACUUUCACUACAACACAUUCUUCCACCAUCAACACAACCGAGGAAAGUGUUGGUGAAGGUGAAAAUGAAGAAACCAAAACUGAAAGCAGUGCACUUGAAGAACCUUUUACGUCCACAACAAUUGGUGACAAUAACACAAUACGUGUAACUACCGAAGGUGAAAAUGAAGAGACCACAACUGAAAGCAGUGCACUUGAAGAACAUUUUACGUCCACAACACCUGGUGACAGUAACACAUCACGUGUAACUACCGAAGCAACUUUCACUACAACACAUUCUUCCACCAUCAACACAACCGAAGAAAGUGUUGGUGAAGGUGAAAAUGCAGAGAACACAAAUGAAAGCAGUGCACUUGAAGAACCUUUUAUGUCCACAACACCUGGUGACAAUAACACAACACAUGUAACUACAGAAGCCACUUUCACUACAACACAUCCUUCCACCAUCAACAAAACUGAAGGACGUGUUAGUGAAGGUGAAAAUGCAGAGACAACAACUGCAAGCAGUGCACUUGAGGAACCUUUUACGUCCACAACCUCAGGUGACAAUAACACAACACGUGUAACUACAGAAGCCACUUUCACUACAACACAUCCUCCCACCAUCAACACAACCGAAGAAAGUGUUGGUGAAGGUGAAAAUGAAGAGACUACAACACAUCCUUCCACCAUCAACAAAACUGAAGGACGUGUUAGUGAAGGUGAAAAUGCAGAGACAACAACUGCAAGCAGUGCACUUGAGGAACCUUUUACGUCAACAACACCAGGCGACAAUAACUUAACGCCUGUAACUACCGAAGAAUCUUUCACAACAACACAUCCUUCCGUCAUCAACACUACCGAAGGAAGUGUUGGUGAUGGUGAAAAUGGAGAGACAACAACUGAAAGCAGUGCACUUGAGGAACCUUUUACGUCCACAACCUCAGGUGACAAUAACACAACACGUGUAACUACAGAAGCCACUUUCACUACAACACAUCCUCCCACCAUCAACACAACCGAAGAAAGUGUUGGUGAAGGUGAAAAUGAAGAGACCACAACUGAAAGCAGUGCACUUCAAGAACUUUUUACGUCCACAACAUCUGGCAACAAUAACACAACACUUGUGACUACUGAAGCAUCUUUCAAUACAAAAUUUUCUUAUACAAACAAUAAAAACGAAGGAAAUGUUGCUGCAGGUGAGAAUGAGGGGAGCACAACUGAUAGAAGUUCACUUAAAGAACCAUUUACGUCCACAACACCUGGCGACAAUAAUACAACACUUGUCACUACUAAAAAAACUUUCACAAAAAUACCUGCUUUCACCAGCAACACAACCAAAGGAAGUGUUGGUGAAGAUACAAAAGAAGAGAGCACAACUGAAAGCAGUGCACUAGAAGAACCCAUUACUUCAACAACACCUGGCGACAAUAAUACAACACGUGUGACAGCCGAAGUAACUUUUACAACAAUCUCUCCUUAUACAACAGCCUUAGAAGAUGUUAAUGAAAAUUGGAUUGAAGAAAAAACUACUGAAAUCAGUAUUGUUGAAGAACCUCAAACGUUUACAGAUUCUGAUAUUAGUAUUACCACUUUAAAACCUACAGAACUACUGAUGACAACAACAUCUUCCUCUUCAAAAACUUCAAUCCAAGAUGGCUUUGAGAAAGGUGAGAAUGUAGAAAAAAUUUCAACCGAUAAAUCAAGGCCUUUUAAUUUUUUUCCGUUCACAAGUUCGACAGCGAAGACACUUCCAUCAUCUUUUGAUAAAAAUUCUAAGGAAGUGGAAAACGAAAGUAAAAAACCAUCGAUUCAAAUCAAAACGUUUGAAGGAUUUACUGUCGAUGUAUCUGGAAUUUCAAAAUCUUCUAAGGAAAUUAGUGCGACUCAGAAAUUUUUUAAAUCACUUGUCAAAGCAGCUAGUUCUCCAAGAAAACACUUUGAGGAAAAUGAACUUGCGGUAGAUGAAACAGAUGGAAUAGAAGAAUCUGAAAGUAAUAUCUCCGACACAGAAGAGAAAAUUCUAUCAAUCUUGGUUCCAACUAUAAUGUAUAUUUUAUUCCCAAAGCUAUUCUCAUCUUCAGCGAUAAGUAGACAACCAUUUCGUCCUGAAACUUUUACAGAAGAUCAUCGACAAGGAUCUUAUGUUUUUAAGGGAAAAUAA